AUGCAUCCUGCAGCACUCUGGACGGCCAUGUUCGGCCUGGGUGUUGCUUACCAACUUGUGCCUGAUGAUCCGCUCAUAGACACGGAACAAUGCAAACGGGACUUUUCUCUCAUGAAAGAACUGGGUGUCAACACGAUCCGAGUUUACCAUGUAGAUGCCAAGGCUAAGCAUGAUGGCUGCAUGAGGGCAUUGGAUGACGCUGGAAUCUAUCUCUUGGUUGAUAUGGAUACAUUUGGCACAUACAUUGAGUCCAAGGAUCUUUACUGGAACUCCACUCAGUAUGAAAGGUAUUCACAAGUGAUGGACGCCUUCCAUAGCUACGACAAUGUUCUAGGCUUCUUUGUUGGCAACGAAAAUAUUGCGACGAAGGACGAUUCUCCAGCAGCUCCAUUCCUCAAGGCCGCUGCUCGUGAUAUGAAGGUCUAUCGAGACAACAAGGGCUAUCGCAAUAUCCCUAUCGGCUACUCAGCCGCGGAUAUUGUGCAACUUCGUCCAAUGCUGCAAGACUAUCUCACCUGCGGAGGAAAUUCAUCUGAGAUUGUCGAUUUCUUCGCUCUCAACUCCUAUUCUUGGUGCGACCCCAGCACAUUCGAAGCGUCUAGCUACGACAAGCUACAAGAAUACGCCAAGAAUUUCCCCGUUCCAAUCUUUUUUAGUGAAACAGGUUGCAAUGUUCCCGGCCCCCGAAAGUGGGAUGAUCAGGAUGCCAUCUUUGCCAAGCCCAUGGUUGAUGACUGGAGCGGUGCCAUCAUUUACGAGUGGAUUGAGGAACAAAACCACUACGGCCUCAUUUCAUACGGACCCAAGGGCGAUGCUUCCCAGCCAGGCGAGAACGUUUUUGACGGCUUCACUCGCAAAGGCACUCCGACCCCAAUCAGUCCUGAUUUUGACAAUCUCAAGACUAAAUGGGCGAGUAUGCAGCCUACUGGUGUGGUGAAAAAUGACUACGAUCCCAAACAAGUGUCGACUCGACCUUGCCCAACUUCAACCGCAGACGGAUGGUGGCAGGUGAAUGGAAACGUAGAGCUGCCAACGCUCGGCGAGACCUUGACUGGCACGUUUACAAGCCAAGCCAGUACCACCGCAAGCCCAUCAGAGAAGCCGAAACCCAGCAACAGUGGCAACCGUGGCCAGGGUGGUGGCAAUAGCGGUGGCAGUGGGAGUGGCAGUGGGAGUGGCAGUGAUAAUGACGGUGAUGGUGACAGAAAUGGUAGUGGUGGUGGCAAGAAGGACGAGGACAAUGCUGCUUCUCCUGACAGACACCUCGCUGCCGCUGGAGCUAGCAUUGCGGCCGCCGUGCUGGUCCUCGCGCUCGCAUUGUAA